GUUGCGAAUGACGUUUUGUUGUAAAUAGUAAGUUGUAUUAAGAUUUAAAAUGUCACAGGGCAGUUUGUCGUCUGUUAAAAAAAAAUAUAUGGAAAUAGGAGAGUAUAAUUUUUCAUGGCCUGGAGAAAAUGGGACAUUUCAUGACUUCGGAUCUCUAAAUUAUACGAUGCCGUCAGGACCAUGGUAUUGGCCUUGGUGUCCCACGUGGAGGAUUUUCCAGCAUCCCUUGUUUCAGCUCUCGAACACACUCUUCGUAGCUGCUUACUGUGCUCCUAGUACCAAGAAGGGCCAACUUUGGAUGCAUACAAUUUUAAUAUUUGGUUUUAUGCUAUACUCGGUAUGGGCUUGGCACGUUAUAUGCUCACCCGAUGCAUUCUCCUGGAACUUCAGCUUCGUGUUUCUUAAUCUAGCACAAGUUGUUUAUCUAGUGUAUGAGAUGAGGCCGGUCAAAUUUGAUCCAGAACUAGAGGAGGUGUAUCACACGCUCUUUGAACCUUUUAAGGUAACACGUUUGCAAUUCAAACGUAUGGUGUCACCUGAUUUCGCGCAUGUGAUGUCUUUACACGCGGGUGAGGCGUACGCUAUGCAGAACUUGACCAAGACUGACCGUCUCGGACUAUUACUGUCAGGGAAGGUGAAUGUGAUGAGCGGACAUCAAUUCUUGCAUCCUAUUCUACCUUGUGAAUUCCUCGAUUCCCCUGAAUUUGAAUCGAGUAGGGCUACCAUCGAUGAAAAAUUUAAGGUAUCCAUAGUAGCAGCGUCAUCAUGUCGCUACGUUUACUGGCAGCGUAGUUCUCUAGAGUAUUUGUUUGUUAAGGAGCCGUAUCUAGCUUCCGUAGUGACGACAUUGAUCGCUCGGGAUAUAACCACUAAGUUGUACGCUAUGAACAAUAAGAUUGUGACAGAGAGGGGUUCGCAUUUGGAUAUACGUUUGCCGAGCAUAUCGCAUGCGCUUGCCCGAAGCCCUAGAAGACUUAGGGCGAAGCCACCUCCGCCUACCACAGUACAACCCGUACCCCCCGAGAAGAGACCAAAUUACUGGUCACGGGAUUCUGAAACGGUAGCGCAUAUGGCAAAUCGUAAUGGGAUAACAACAUCGUAUCCCGAGGACGAGGAACUAAUUCCUCUGGCAGCUCACGAAGCACCCGCCGCUUCAUCAGAUGAUCUGUCCAUAGCUGAUAGCUGUCCAGACACAUCUUCUAAGUACCACAGCUGUGAAGGUGUUGAAACUGAUGAAGAUCUUAGACAUUGACUAACCAAUUUCAUACUGGUUUUGUACAGAAUGGUGUGGACACUUUGUACGAAAAGUAGAUUGAAUUUGUAUGGAAGUCUUCAAAAGAUUCAUUUGCUAUCUCAGUAGCCAGCUGCUCUGAGACUAUAUCGGAGUGCCAUAAGUUGUGAAGACAUAGCAAACAAUUUUUCCAUGCUAAAUACUCAUACUGCAAGAUCUAGUGCUUACAUUUUAACUAUUAAAAUAGAAAUCCUUUCUAUAUUACAUUCUGAUUGUGUUCUAUCAAUUAUUAUGCUCGCUACAUAGUCCAUAGAAUGUUAUAUAUAAACUUUUUGGGUUAUAAAGGGACUAUCCGAAAAAUACUAAAGCAAAGUUUAACAUAUACAAACUGUUUAACAAAAGAAAUACCGCAACCACUCCACUUUACGAUCAGCUCGUCCACUGGAGCGUAAAUGUUUUUUGUCGAUAUAUGGCCUUUCCGAAAGGGUAUAAAUUUCGUGAUGUAUAAAGCAAUUCAUGAUUUCUUGUGUAAACCUGAUACGAACAAUAAAAUUGUAUUUC